CGAUCUUUUAGCGCCCCCUAGUGCAUUUAUAACCCACACGCACCCAAAAUAAAUAAAAUCAACCUUCUCUGCUCCACCUCCCUGCUCCGUCCUGCAGGUGGCGCCCUCCCUCACCAAAAAAACCCUCUUCCAUGAUCCCGUCCACGGCUCAGUCUGUGGAUUCUCCGGCGCAGACUCAGUGCGUCUUUUACCCGCUGGUCCCGGAGCGAGCGUCGGCCUUUUGUUGUUCCCGUGUCCCCGGCUUUGCGCUCUCUGCUGCGGGGGGGAGGAUGAGCCGAGGAGCCGCGACCUGGAGCGGAGGAGCACGACAGUGACAUGAAGAAGGACGUGGAGACGCUGAUCGCAGAGGAACGAGCCGACAUCCUCCUCAAAUAUGCCACAGGCAGGCAGGGCGGGGUGCAGGUCCACCCCUGGGAGGACGGAGACUUCAGCAUUUACAAAGUGGUCGACCGUCUUGGCUUCAUGCAUGAGAAGGAGCUUCCUCUCCCCAGUGCACACGAGGAGAAGCUGAAGCAGCAGGAGUUGGACCGGGCAGAGAAAUGGCUGAAGAUGGUGAAGAAGUGGGACAAAUACAAGCGCAGUGAGAAGCUGGUGAAGCGUGUGUACAAAGGCAUCCCCGCUCAGCUCCGAGGACAGGCCUGGGCUCUGAUGCUCGAGGUGGAGAAGAUCCGGAAAGAAAACCCCGGAAAAUACCAGAGGAUGAAGGAACAGGCCCUGGUGUACUCCUCUGAGAUUAAACAGAUCGACUUGGACAUAAACCGCACCUUCAGGAAGCACGUGAUGUUCAUGGAGAGGUUUGGAGUCAAGCAGCAGUCGCUCUUCUAUGUGCUCGCUGCUUACUCCGUCUACAACACAGAGGUGAGUUACUGUCAGGGGAUGAGUCAGGUCGCUGCUCUGUUGUUGAUGUUCAUGAAUGAAGAGGACGCGUUCUGGGCGCUGACGCAGCUCCUCACCGACCGCAGACACGCCAUGCACGGUUUCUUUGUCCCUGGAUUUCCCAAACUGCAGCGUUUCCAGAGUCACCACGAUCAGAUUCUGUCCAAACUUCUGCCCAAACUCAAGCGGCACAUGGACCGAGAGCAGAUGUCCACCGGCAUCUACAGCACCAAGUGGUUCAUGCAGUGUUUCAUCGAGAGGACCCCGUUCAGCCUGACCCUGCGUCUGUGGGACAUCUUCAUCCUGGAGGGAGAGAGGCUCCUCACCGCCAUGUCCUACACCAUCCUCAAAGUGCACCGCAAGCGUCUGAUGCGUAUGUCUCUGGAGGAGCUCAGAGACUUCCUGCAGGAGCGGAUCUCCGUGUCCCUGUCCCUCAGUGAUGAUAUUAUCGUCGAGCAGCUGCAGGGAGCCAUGACCGAGCUGAGGAAGAAGAAGCUGGACCUGCCUCCUCCAGGAAAAGCAGAGGAGUUGCCUCUCUGUCCUCUGGGCCAGGAUCCUCCCGCCCUGCUCCUCAGUCACAGACCCGCCGUGGCCUGCCCCCCCCUGCCCCUGUCCCCGGACCAGAGCCCCUCUAAAGACCCGCCCGCGAUGGACCCGCUGCCCUCCCCGGACCCCAUCCUCAUCCACCGCACCGCCCUCGCCUCCCCCGAGGACUCCCCCCUCACCGGACCCCCGCCCUACCAGUCCCCCCAGGCCGGCCUCACCCCUCCGGACCGCUGCUCCAGACUCACCAGGACCCUCUCCGCCCCCGUGGCCCAGUCCGAGGCGCUGUGUCCCGGGGUGAGUCAGUCCGAGAGCCUGGCCCCCGUCCCCCUCCUCCUCCUCCGGGACGGUCCGGACGCGUGGGACGGCUCGUGA